CGUCACACUUGCGAACAGCUGAUUUCGCCGGGACUAUCAUAAUGUCGUUAGUGAAUCCAUUUCGCACCGCGUUUCGUCUGCCCAGUCGAAAUCAAAGAAUCAAUUGGUUCCCUGGCCACAUGACCAAGGGAAUGCGACAGAUACAACAGAAGCUACGAACGGUUGAUUGUAUUGUUGAAAUUCACGACGCACGCAUUCCCAUUGCCGGUCGUAAUUCGCAGUUCUUCGAGGCAAUCACGGGAAACGGAGUCAAGCCACAUAUAUUGGUGCUGAAUAAGAUCGACCUCUUGGGCUCUACUAAACAACAACGUGAAAUUCGAAAACAGCUGCAAUCGGAACAACCCGAACUUCGGAAUAUUAUCUUCACCAACUGCAAGGAUCAGCGUAAUCAUGGCGUACACGAUAUUCUGCCGCUUGCCACCAAAUUGGUGGCCGAAAGUAGCCGCUUCAACAGGGCACAAAGUGCCGAGAACAACAUCAUGAUUGUCGGCGUUCCAAAUGUUGGCAAAAGCUCCAUCAUCAAUGUGCUGCGCAAUGUGCACUUGAAAAAACGCAGUGCAGCUCGUGUCGGCGCUAUUGCUGGCAUCACACGCGCUGUGGGUGAACGCAUUAAAAUUCAGGAGACGCCGCCGGUUUAUAUGAUCGAUACGCCCGGCAUACUGCAGCCUUCGGUGACAGACGAUGAGAUGGGCAUGAAGUUGGCGCUAGUUGGCUGCCUCCCCGAUCACAUUGUCGGCGAAGAUUUGAUAGCGGAUUAUUUGCUAUUUUGGCUAAACAAACAUAAACGCUACGAGUACGUAGAGAAAAUGGAACUGCAGGCUCCUAGUGACAACAUCAGCGCAGUGCUGGCGGAAUACGCUCAUAAGCAAGGCAUGUUCCAUCGCGUCAAGCAAUUUAAUGGCCAGGUGGAGGUCAUGACCAAUCUGUUGGCUGCCUCGCGUAAAUUCAUCAGCUUCUUCCGCACCGGUCAAUUCGGUCCCAUUAAUUUGGACGAGCAAUGUACUUAG